AAUUUGAAAAAAACCAUCAUGAAGACGCAAGAUACUUGGAAUGAAUUAUUACUAUUAAUGAUAAUGAAUAAUAAAAAUUAACAUAACAAAAAAGAAAAAAACAAAAAAACUAAAAAAUAAGAAAAAUGAAAAAAAAAAAAAUACUAGUAGUAGUAGUUGAUGAAACUGGCGUAAGCGUGUUGUUUCUAGACACCACAAUUAAUUACAUUACUACCUUAUAUUCAUUGACACCCAGAAAAUCCAAUAUAUUACUUGUCAUGUUAGGUGAUAAGAUGGUAAAUCCUUAUUACAAUUUAUUGCUAUUAUUAUCUUCUAAUAUACUUAUUCGAUACCAAUUAAUAAAAUUGGAAAUAUGUGGCGGCGUGGAGGCUAACGUGAGCCAAGGAGCGGUCAUGUGAAAAAAAAAUAAUGCAAAAAAAAAACAAAAAAAUUAAAUUGACUGUUUUGAUUAUUUAGUAGAGCAUUAUCGAUUGAUCGAUAAAUGUACUACUUUAUUACCUUUCCUAAUUAUUUUUUUAAUGUUUUAUCUAACUAUUAAAUCUUAAAUUUAUUAUGCUGUCUAUUUUAAUUUGCAUUAAUUAUUAAUUAUUAAUAGUAGUAUAUAGUAAUAUUAUUUGGAAUAUAAUUUAAUUGUUGGCUGGCAUAAUUAAGCAUAUGGGCCAGAAUUGUUGCAAUAAAUCGUGUCAUUCAUAAAAAAUAUUUAUUAACUCCAUUUUUAUAAAACCAGUCAUUUUUAUUUUUAAGUAUUUUCUUUUUUUAAUUUCAUUUCAUAAAUUUUCAAUAUUUUGACAGUCUCGGGUGUAGCACAUUUUAGCAUAAUUAUGCAAUUUUUACGAUACGCUUGCGUCGAAUUAGCGGCGCGUAAAUAUUUACAAACAAAAAUGGCAACUGUGAGGUUAUCAUCAAGUUAUUUAUCUUGUUUAAAGUGGAAUAAACAAUUAAAUAAGAUUAACUCAAUUUGUAGAAUACAAUUAUUGUCUUCAUACUCCAAUAACAAUAAAUUAAAUAAUAUACAACCAAGAUUUCUGAGACGAGAACUGUCAAAUAAAUUUUUAUUGCCUCAUAACCUCGAUUGGUGGGUGACUAAACGGUGGAAAUCUAAAAAACAAAAACUAUCAAGUCAAAAUCAAGAUGACAGCGACGAUGAAAAGGACGAAGUUGAUGAUGAAUUAGAAUCCAUAGUAUCUGGUAAUAAAAAUAAUAAAGUAAUAACAGCUCAUGUAAGUUCAAUGAGGAUUGAUGCUGUUUUUAAGGCUGGAAUGGGUAUUGCUCGAAAUAAAGCCGAAACUGCAUUGUAUGAAAGUAGAUUACGUGUCAAUGGUAAGAAAGUACUCAAAAAAGGAUUACAGAUUGGACUUGAGGACGAAAUAGAUUAUAUUCAGGGUCCAAGUCCGAAAAACCCCAAUUUUUUAGUUGUUACUCGUUUAACUGUAUUAGAUGCCAGUGAUCAUCCAGAAGGAUAUAAACUUAAAUUAUUGCGUGAAAAAUCACUGACGAUUGAAAAUUAUGAUGAUUCUUGGAAACCUUCCGAGGAUUCUAAUUCAUAACAAUUGUACAAAUAUAUACAAUUAUAAUACUAUUGUUCAAUGGACAUUUUAGUUCUGGCUUGGUUCAACAUCGUAAUAGACUGUAAAUAAAUAAUAUAAAUUUAUUAUCAAUAUACAUUAAAUAAAAAAUCGUGAUCAAAGCAUUUACUUACUUGGUAAACGAUGGAUACACCUUUACUCGCUAAAUCUAACAUUUUACUCGUUAUUUCUUCGUAAUUUAGAUUUUGUAGUAGUUUCUGAAAAGAAAUAUAAUUUAUUUAUCAAAUUA